GGGGAGGAGGAGGCGGAGAGGGAGGAGCAGAGGGGAGGCAGGCGCUCAGUCUGUUCACUCGCAGGAGGAAUCAGCAGCAGCAGCAGGACAAUGGGCUGUCUCCGCUACGGAUCCUAACGGACGCCGGUGUGUUUCCGACAAACUGGAAUAUAAGGAGGUGAAUGUCAAACAGCUCCAGGAUGCUGCUGUCCUCAUCCCUGUUAACCUGCUGUUCAUCAGGGGGUAUCUGAUUUACCAAACAUGAUGAAGACUGAGCCCCCGUCGGCCACGGGGGGCAACGGGACAUCAGGCGGGAGCUCGAACCUGCGGAGUCCCUCACCCCACCGCAAUGCCUACGAGGCGGGGCUGGCAGCACUGAAGAAGGCCACCGACCACCUCAACAAUGCCGCCAAUGGAGGCACUGACCCUGCCUCAAAACCCGCACCUCUGCCCCGCCCGACUGGGAGGGGCCGGAGAUAUGGAUCAAACGUUCACCGCAUCAAGAACAUGUUCAUGCAGAUGCAGUCUCCUGGUGAUGAGGAGGAUGGAGCCAAAAUGAUAGGUAAAGACCAGGCGGUUAAACUGUCCCUGCCAAGGGCAUCAAGCCUCAACGAGAACGUCGACCACAGCGCCCUGCUCAAACUCGGGGGCACAGUCUCAGAGAGGGUCAACCGUUUUGACUCUAAAGGAAGUGGGGAGGGCAGCUCCAUGGGUUUCUCCAAACUGCAGGAGACCAGGAGGAUCUUUGAGCAGCGGACUCUUCAGGAGAAGCAAGCGGCCACUAACCGGAUCUUACUGAAGAAGGAACGGGCAUCGGGCUUCCAGGACAGCCGUCUAGAUGUUGUGGCACGUUUUAACGGCUCCACUGAGGCUCUUGACCGGCUGGACGACCCCCCUGCUCCCGCCCCUGCCACUCUUCCUGCUGUUGCAGCUUCAGUUGGGCCCGGCGAGGCUGUCAGCCCCACUGUGAGCCAGCUCAGUGCCGUGUUCGAGAAGGGCGAACUGCAAAAUAAUCUCUACCUCCCCCAGCGCCGGUCAGCCCCUGCCCUUGCACCAAAGCCCAAACCUCCAGCCAGAGCGGAGGCUGUUGGUAGGAAGGCAAAGGUGUUGGCUCCAGGUAAGGAGGACUCCAAGGAGGAGACAGCAGGAGUUGUGAGUACUAAAGCAGCAGAGCUACCAGAAGUGAUGGGUUCUCUACAGAGGAGCAUAGAAGGAGUGUUGGCCAGUGGAGAGAAGGAGGGGCUCGGACAGUCAGGAGACCAGCACUCCAACUCCUCCUACUCGUCAUCAUCCUCUGUGGUUGUUACUUCCUCCUCUUCCUCUUCAGAGGCCAAACCGGAGUUGGAGGCCCAGCCAACAGCGACUGAAGCCAGGGGCUCAAGUACGGUGACUGCUCCAGAGCGGGAGCCACAGGCUGACGACCAGGACAGCUUCACCGGGGGGUCUGAAGCUGGAGCCAGGCUGGUGCAGGCGGAGGUUCAUGCCUCUUUGGAAAAUGGAGAAAAAGAGCCUCCGGGUUCCUCUCCCUCCUCUGAGGAGAAAGGAGAGGACUCUGACAGGAGGGGUGAGGAAGAAGAGGAGGAGAAUGACGAGGAUGGCUCGAGGAAGGAGGAUUACUCAGAGGGGGAUCUGGUGGAUAUCAGUGCAUACAGCGGGCUUGGGGAGGAGGACUCUGGGGGGAGCCAACUGGACGAUGAAGAGGAUGAAGAAGAUGAGGAGGCGUAUCAGCCAGAGACUAGUUGCUCGGAGAUUGCGGGCCUCCCUGAAGAAGAGGAGCCUGUGCCAUCCAAUAGGAAGAUUCGCUUUAGCACUGAGCCAAUCAGGGUGAGUGAGUUUUUGUUGGAUGUCAUUACUCUUCUCAACACCCUUAAUUUUGCCUUAGUUGAACAGUAAUUUACCACCAUCAUAUACAUUCCAAAAAAAUAAUCACAUCUAGUGUGGCUCCAACCUGAUGUGGAAAAGCAUCGUUAGAUUUGUAGCUUUGAAGUUUCCCAGUUGAUGUCAGUGCUGUCAGAGCUGUGCUGGAGCCAGUACUGAGCGCCUCCGUCUGUGGCCUCAAUAUUCAGCCAUGGUCAUUUCCACUUGAGUGCUACUUUAUCUAAACAAGACUAAAGGUCCAGUAGCCCUGUAAAAGCUUCAGUAUUUAUGACACACCACAAUAUGAGAACGUCACACAAAACUGAAAUACUGACUGAUGCUAUAUGUAAAGCCUUAAAUUAAUCAUGUAAAUGGACAGGAAUCCUCCGAGGAGCAUAUAAGCUCCUUAAAUUUUAAUGCAG